GCUUGAGUUGCUCUAAACAUAGUUGAAGCAGCACUUCACUUCUCCCUUGCUUCCCAGAAGAAACUCUCCAUUAUAAUUUGUAAAUUAUAAUUGCCACAAUUCGCCUGCUGAAACUGUACAUUACACUCGCUGUUCCCAGUCUCUCUCUCUCGCAUAAGGACUUGAAAUGGAAACUGAAGAGAUAUUAGCAGAAGAGCUGCUAAACGUUGAGGUUGAAAUUCAAGGCGUCCAAGACCAAAUCAAGAUAUUGCUUGACCAACAGGAGAGGUUAUAUGAAAGGCAAUCUGAAUUGAAGGCUAUACUUGAAGCAUGUAAAGAAUCAGGUUAUCCUGUUAAUGGCGCUUCAACUAAUGUGGAAGACUGGUCUGGGCCAUUUGAGUGGGAUUCUCAAGCUGAUGAUACUAGGUUCAAUAUAUUUGGCAUAUCCGCAUAUCGUGCAAAUCAGCGAGAGAUUAUCAAUGCUGUCAUGAGUGGAAAAGAUGUUCUAGUGAUUAUGGCUGCAGGUGGCGGCAAAAGCCUCUGUUACCAGCUUCCAGCAAUUCUUCGUGAUGGAGUUGCUCUUGUUGUUAGUCCUUUGCUUUCUUUGAUUCAGGACCAGGUGAUGGGUUUGGCAGCCUUAGGCAUUCCAGCUCAUAUGUUGACAUCAACUACUAGUAAGGAGGAGGAGAAGUUAAUAUACAAGGCCCUUGAAAAGGGGGAAGGAGAUUUGAAAAUAUUGUAUGUGACUCCCGAAAAGAUAUCAAAGAGUAAGAGGUUUAUGUCAAAACUUGAAAAGUGCCAUCAUGCUGGUCGUCUAUCUCUCAUUUCUAUUGAUGAGGCACAUUGCUGCAGCCAGUGGGGUCAUGAUUUUCGACCUGACUACAAAAGUCUUGGUAUCCUCAAGACUCAGUUUCCCAAUGUUCCUGUGAUUGCUUUGACUGUUAGAUAUUGCAAGUUGUGGGCAUGUUGUACUGCUGAUUAUAACUAACUACUCUGAGUAUGAAUGAAGUGACAUAGUGAGUGCAUGAUCACAGAUGUAUUAGGGAAAUCUGUUGUAAUAGCAAAUUUUUGGGUGGUGUGGAUGGAGAGGAACAUAAAGAUUUUUGAGGGAGCAAGCGAUGCGGCAGUUUAGGCUUUGAUUUGAUGUUUUCCCAUUGUGCUAAGGGUGCUAUUUUGGUUCUGAUGGACAUCUCAUUCAUCCCAAUUGUAUUAGUUUCUUUCAUAAUAAAAAUUGUGGUAAAAAUUUGUUGAAUACUGGUCAGACGCAAAGGAAAGCAUG